CAACCGUAGCGAGUGAGAUGAAUACGACCCGGAUAUGGUAUCGCGCUCUAGACGAAUGUGGUCAUGACUUCGACGGAAACACCAAAAUCCUGCCUAUGGGCCUGACGCCCUGGGUGCGGAGUAAGAACGCCAUGUCGAGGUUCUUCUUCCUGUGGCCUUUCUUUAUGAUAUUUGCAGCUGUCUGGAUUCUCAGCAAUGUGGUUGUGUUUUUCGCUAUCCCGCUCAUGCUGCUUACGGUCUAUGGUCUUCAAUGGAUGGCUCAAAAAGUCGCUAAUCAAGGCCCUUCAGAGUAUCGAAUCCUCCAAAAGACGGCCGCCUCGUCUAUCUCCAAGGCAUGAUCCGCGCAUUGAGAGGGGUAAGGAAUUAUUCGAACUGACUAGCCCACGCUUAGCGACGUUAUCCUCAUCACCGAUUUCCAACAUCUCCUUCACCGUAUUCUUUUCUCUGACGGCAUACUUCUAUUUCUGUGCGAUGACCGAAGAUCCAGGUUUUGUUCCGAAGAUGAGCAGCAGGAAUCAGCAACGAGCCGUAGUCACCGAAUUAUUCGAGCAGUGGAAAUUUGACGAGGAAAAUUUCUGCGUCUUGUGUAUGAUUCGAAAGCCUUUGCGAAGCAAGCAUUGUAAGCGUUGUGGGCGAUGCGUCGCAAAGCAUGAUCAUCAUUGCCCAUGGAUCGACAACUGUGUUGGCGCGAACAAUCUGCGGCACUUCGUCUCGUAUAUCAUCUGCUUAGAAAUCGGCAUCAUCUUGUUCUUGCGCCUGACAUUCAAUUAUAUCAACGUUCUUCCAGCUCCAGCGAAUCCACAGUGCAAUGUCAUAAAUGAUGCAUUGUGUGAUUUUGUACUCCGUGACACAUUUACUCUAGUUCUCGAUAUCUGGGUGGUCAUUCAGCUGGUCUGGAUAACUAUGCUCUGUGCCGUUCAGCUUGUCCAAAUCUCCCGAAACCAGACGACUUACGAAAACAUGAGGGGCCAUUCGAUUGACCGGAGUUAUCCAAGCUCACGAGCAUUUGCCUCAGCUGUGACGGCAGGUACGACAUCGUUAGAUGCAGCUGGCCUCUCUUCGGCCGGUCAAGGUCCCAAUCCGGCUCUGGCGCAAAAUGUUUCACAUAGGCACCAACGGAAUGGCUGCCUGCAACAAUGGUCCUCUCUUUUGGGAGUUGAUACAUUCUUCGCAACAGCGCGGGACGGGUUACGGGAUGGCCCACGCACCGCCCGGCCAAAGAAUCCCUUUUCCCGUGGCAUUGUCACUAACUGUCAGGAUUUCUGGUGCGACCCUGCUCCCUACUUCGGACGACGAGAGCCAGGUUCUGCCAUGCUCGGCGGUGAAGUUGUCAAUUACAACCGAAUGUAUGAGAUUCCAUUGCGAAUGCACAGCGGCGGGGGCUACCGUAGCCUGGCCGACAAUGACCUAGAGCAAAAUGCUUAAAUCAUCUCUCUUCCUUCACGACUUCAGAGUCGUUGAAUCAAGAACCUGAAACUAUGACGGUCUCAUGCUUGGGAGGCGAGGUUGCAGAUCAGCGUCGCGCGAAUCCG